AUGGAAAUGAAUAAUGAGCAUGCAAAUGAGACAUUGCCUUUCACUUUAAGAAGAUUUCAUAUUUCUGAAGAUUAUGGCUUCCUUCUUCCAAAUCCACUGAAAGAACUCCCUCCUUUCUACAGCCCUUGGAUGGCGAUCGCCCACAACCUCCCUCACCUGAUUGAGAACCAUCAACUUCGUUCAUAUGUAGAAAAGAUGCCUCUGCUAAGCACCCAGCACCUUCAAGGCCACCGAGAACUGUAUUUGGCUCAUCUGGUCCUCAGCUUUAUCACGAUGGGUUACGUCUGGCAGGAAGGUGAAAAAGGAACUGCCAAGGUCCUGCCAAGAAACCUGGCUGUCCCCUUUGGAGAGAUUUCUCGGGCUCUAGGGCUACCUCCGAUCCUGGUUCAUGCAGAUUUUGUUUUAGUAAACUGGAAGAAAAAGAAUCCUUGUGGGCCUCUGCAAAUUGAGAACUUGGAUCCCAUUGUUUCCUUGCCUGGGGGAGACAGCAUGAGGGGCUUCAUUCUGGUCACUUUCCUGGUUGAGAAAGCUGCUGCACCUGGGAUCAAGGCCAUGGCCCAGGCUGUGAAUGGCAUCCUGCAGCUGAACAACCGGGUUCUGGAGGAAGCGCUGCAGGAGCUGGCAAAUGCUCUCAGAGCUAUGACUGCGGCUCUGAAGAAAAUGCAUGAUUAUGUGGAUCCUGCAAUAUUUUAUGGUAUGAUACGAAUAUUUCUUUCUGGAUGGAAGGACAAUCCAGCUCUGCCAAGAGGCCUGAUCUAUGAAGGCAUCUGUGAAGAGCCUGUGGCAUAUUCAGGAGGGAGUGCAGCGCAAAGCACCACGUUGCAUGCCUUUGAUGAACUCCUUGGAAUCCGGCAUAGUAGAGAAAGCACUGCGUUUUUGCACAGCAUGAGGGAAUAUAUGCCCCCCCACCAUCGGGCCUUCAUCAAGGAAAUCCAGUCUGCUCCUCCACUGAGACGUCACGUGUUAACUUCAGAAAACAAGGAGCUCCGUUCUACGUACAACACGUGCGUGGCUGCCCUUGCGGACUUAAGAACCUACCACAUCGCCAUGGUCACCAAAUACAUCACUGUGGCAGCCACGAAUGCCAAAGCCAAGCAAGGCCAGGCCACACCUGCUUUCCCAAUGAGCCCCCCUUCAUUCCUGGAAGGGAAAGGAACAGGCGGUUCAGGGGUUUUGAGUUUCUUAAAAAGUGUUAGGGACACAACAAGGGAAGCAUCGAUCAGUUUUUAA